AUGCUGCAACACAAAGCUCGGAAGGCGUGCGACUUUUGCUAUCGCAGGAGGAUCAAAUGCGACGCACAAAAACCCCAAUGCUCUAAUUGUAUACUGCAUGGCUCAGUCUGUGCUUUUGGGGCCACAAGCCGCAAAGCGCGGCCUAGGCAUCAGGAAUCGGGCGAAGACAUUGGAGUUCUGCGAUUGCAGGUAGAGCGUCUCGAAUCAAAUCUUGGCCACGCUUUAAAGAGGAUCGACGAGCUUCAAAGCCUUGUACCGAGAUGGGACAAUGCUCCAGACCUUCUAGCUGCCUCAGCCCACACUGCUAACCUCCAUGAAGAUCAGGUCGACUUGGUCCAAAAAGAGCUUAGUGAUGCACGUAUGGAACUGCCACCGCUUCAGCAAGUCCUGUCUGCGACAGAGGUUUACCUCAUAACGCUGAACGCGGUUCUUCCGCUGUUCCACCCCGGUCGGUUACUGCAAUCGAUCAACAACUGGUACGCACAUCCUGGUCGAAGAGAGCGUACAACAUGGGCUGCAAUUAACGUGGUUCUCGCGCUGGCUCAUCGUCACAUAACCCCCAAUGAAGCGACACUGAGUGAGAGCGCGGCGUACUACCUGCACAAUGCCCAGACAGUACUCUCUGAUGUGAUCAUGGGUGACGUUGAUCUUCUCAACGUCCAGAUCGUCAUCGGAAUGGUCAUGCUCUUUCAAGGCACGCGAGACCUCAAGCCCGCGACGAUGCUAAUCGCCAUUGCUUUACGUCUGGCGCACGAGUUGGGGCUACAUACUCGAAGAGAUGGGUACCUCGACACUUCCCAGGUAUUGGAACGGGACCGGGUCUUUUGGAUAGCGUACCUCCUUGAUAGAGAUAUUAGCUUGCGCACAAGUCGGCCGCCUGUACAACGCGAGGCCGAUAUCGACCUUGAGUGGCCGUCAGCCGAGCCUGAAGAUGGAGCUGGAAACGUGACCGAUGCCGACGGUAUUUUUGGAUUCAACUUUCUUCGAUGCCGCGUACGGCUUGCUCGGAUCCAAGGUGAAGUCUACGACUUCCUGGUUGCAACUCGUGCCGGGACGAUGGACGACUACCAGCGACACGAGAACAUAGUUCGGCUAAACCAUAUGCUGGACGAUUGGAUCUCUGAUAUACCGCCACCCUUCCGACCCAGCGCCGUGCUACAAGCUGGACAGCCAAAUCUGUGCAGAAGCUUUGCAGUCCUCUACUCCACUCAUCUUGCCUGUCGGACUCUGGUUUACCGGGCUCAUGCCAUGGAGUCGCGCUGGAUGCAGAGCCUGCGGAGUUUUGGUAGAACAGUUACGCAACAAGGAUAUAUUGUUCCAGCACCGCUGCCAACACCCUCAUUGCAAGAUUGGGAGACACUUGUUGACGAGACACGUGGGUGUAUGCGGCUAUUUUGGGGUGUAGAACGAAGAGACCAGGCGUUCAUCUGGUCAGAGAACUCCUUAUAUCAUUGA